UAACACAGAUGACAGGGCUGAACUGUGACUGCGUACAAGUGAGGAGGAGUUGAUGAAAAACCUCUCCAUGACUCAACUUCCUCCGGCCAAUAAUGGGCGUUGCCUUCUCAACUUCUCUCUAAAGGUGUGGCGAUUUUGGUAAACCGUGAAAUUCCUCCUCUGAUACCAAUCCUGUCCUGUCACUAAACCUAAGUCUAAGACUUUUCUCUACAGCCACAACAAUGUCUGGUUGGGAUGACUUGGAGCUGCUGUUAGACUCCCCCUCCUCACUGACUGUGACAUCCAAUGCAAGAGGAACAGUGAAGGACAAUGCAAACUUCAAAGUGGAAGAAGAUGUGUCCGCACUAAGGAAGGCCAUAGAGGGCAUUGGUACGACAGAAAAGACACUAGUUGAGGUGUUGACCCAAAGAAGUAAUGCUCAGCGCCAGCUUAUCGCUAAAGCCUAUGAGAAAGCCACAGGAAGGAAAUUAGUAGCUGACCUGGAGGGCGACACCCACGGAGACUUUGAGGACUUGUUAGUAGCCUUGGUAACGCCCACUGCUGUCUACGACUGCCACGAAGUCAUCAGAGCCAUCAAGGGAGCAGGGACCACCGAGAGUACGUUGACAGAAAUCUUUGCCUCGAGAUCCAACAGACAGAUACAAGCCUUGUCUGAAGCAUACCUUGCAGAAACUGGAAGAUCGCUGAUUCAUGAUCUGCAGUCGGAGGUCUCUGGAGAUUACGGCAAGGCUCUGCUCAUCUUGGCUGAGGGGAAGAGAGACGAGAGCACCAAUGUGGACGCUGCCAAAGCUAAAGCCGAUGCUAAGGCCCUGUAUGAAGCUGGGGAGAAGAAGUGGGGAACUGAUGAGGGGAAGUUUAUCGACAUCUUGUGCCACAGGAGUAUUCCCCAGCUUCGACAGACUCUGGUAGAGUACAAGAAUAUUAGUAAGAAGACUCUGCAGGAGAGCAUUGAGAGUGAGAUGUCUGGUGACCUGGAGAAGCUACUCGUGGCUGUUGUUAAGUGUGUGAAGACCACUCCUGCAUACCUGGCUGAGAGGCUUUUCAAGAGCAUGAAGGGUGCGGGGACCACAGAGUCCACUCUGACCAGGAUACUAGUCAGUCGCUCAGAGGUGGACCUGCUGGACAUCAGAGCGGAGUAUAAGAAGCUGUUUGGAUGUUCCCUCUACUCCCAGUUAGAGUCCGAAGUGUCUGGUAAUUAUGGCGACACCCUCAAACGUCUAUGUGGCCAAGACGACUAACUCCUCCGACUCCUGUGAUGAGAAACAUGUGGUGUGAAGGGCAAAUGGGAAGGAAAACCAGUCCUGACCUUUCCAAAAGCAUCGUAGUGAUACAUUUGCUUGAACUCUGCUGGAACUAACCAUCUGGAAAUGCUUGAAUGUGGAAUUCCAGUAAUGUUCAACCAGACAGGGCUGUGCAGACUGAAUGAUUAACACACACACCCUUCAGAAGAAGUAUGUACAUGAAGAUGCUAUUGAAUGUAUUCUGAAUUUAUAAAAUUGUAUUCCAUGUGA